AAUAAAUUAUUUAAGGGGCGUUUGAUUACUUAGAUUUAACGUGACAUGGUUUUGUUGAUCUGGCCAAAGGUCCACAACAAUUUUGUAUUGAGAAAAUGUGUGAUUUAAGAUUGGAAGAGGGAGGGUUUGAGCAUAAAUGCAUGCAUCUCAAAUCUUGGGGAUUUCCAAUGCAACUCUAAUGGGGGUAUAAGGUCCCUCCCCUUUAUUGCCAAAGAAUCAAAGAAUGAGUCCAACAAGAACGGACAAACAAGAAAACCCUCAAUAAGGGCUACUUUAAAGCGACGAGGGAUCCAAGAAACAAAUCAAAACAAAAACGAAAAGUACCACCGCUUCAAUGAAUUUACCGGAACAGACGAGAAAAAUGCUUCCAAUGAUGUCUUGUUCUGCGUCUCUGGCCAUUUAUAUUUGGCACCCACUUUCCCAAGUUCUAGAGGAAACUGGUACAGCUUCUCCCGAGCCGAAGAAGGGAUAAAGGCACUAAAGUUAUGCCCCAUCGUUUCGGAGGAAGUAAGAACUAGGCAAACAAACUGUUGGAGGAGUGGACGCUUGUCUUGAAGGUGAAAUGGAAGCAUCGUCAUCGUCAACAAAAUUUGAGUAUGAUGUACCGUCAACAAAAUUUGAGUAUGAUGUAUUUUUGAGCUUCAGAGGGGCGGACACUCGAAAGGGGUUUACAGGCCAUCUCUAUGAUCGCCUAAAGCUUCACGGCGUCUCGGCCUUCAAGGACAGUGAAGACCUUGAGAAAGGCCAAGAGAUCGGUGAAUUGCUGAGCUACAUCGUUAGGUCCAUGAUCUUCAUGCCCAUCUUUUCAAAGGGGUAUGCAGAGUCGAGAUGGUGUUUGAAGGAGAUCAGCAUGAUGGUGGCAUGUGAGAGGCUCAUCAUUCCCGUGUUCUUCGACGUAGAACCUGUAGAGGUUCGUGAUCAGAUUGAACAUUUUGCUUCUGCUUUUGAACGACACGAAAGGGAUGCCAACAUGGACCAGGUGAGCAAUUGGAGGCACGCCUUGAAGACAGUGGGCAAGUUAAGUGGUUUCCAUCUCAAAAACGACACCAACGGGAAUGAGGCAGAGCUAAUUAAUUGCAUUGUCAAAAGGUUGCUAACUGAAGUAAGAAAGCUUCCUUUCCUACUUCCCCAACACCUAAUUGGCGUUGAUGCUCAUGUUCACGAAGUGAAGAAAUUACUUGGCAAAUAUUGCAGGACUGUACAAUUCAUUGGUAUCCAUGGGAUGGGAGGCAUUGGUAAAACAACAAUUGUAAAGGCCAUUUACAACGACCUAUUUCUUGAGUUUGAAGCUAGCAGCUUUCUUUUUAAUAUUAGGGAGAACUUUCAACAGCACAGAGAACUGGAGCUACAACGGCAGCUCACUAGUGACAUCGUCAAAAUCGAAGAUCCACGAAUAUAUAGCGUUGAACAUGGGAAAAUCAUGAUAAAGAACAGAAUGAAUUCCAAAAGGGUGCUAAUUAUCUUAGAUGACGUUGACGGCAGGAACCAAGUAGAUGCAUUGGCUGGUGCAAGUGAUUGGUUUGGACAUGGAAGUGUGAUCUUCAUGACAACGAGAAACAAGAAGGUAUUAAAAGAAUGUGGUCUGAGUGAAGGUCAAAUUUACAAGGUGAAUGGUCUAAACUAUGACCAAUCAUGUGACUUGCUUAAGUUUCAUGCUUUUAAAGGUAGGGAACCAGAAAAUGGUUGUCGUCAGCUGUUGGAUGCAUUUGUUAAAGGCAAAGGUAGCAGGGGGAUACCAUUGGCACUUGAAGUGAUUGGAUCCACUUUAUCCCAAAGUGAAGUACAAGAUUGGAAACAUGUACUCAAGGACUUGCAAAAUAAUCCUGAUCCUCACAUUCAACAGCAAUUGAGGAUAAGCUAUGAUGGAUUGAAGGAGGAACGACAGAGACAGAUAUUUCUGGAUAUCUCAUGCUUCUUCAUUGGUAAGGACAGAGAGAAGGCAACUCAUAUGUGGAAAGCAUGUGAUUGGUGUCCAGAACGUGUCAUUCCUGACCUUUGUAGUAGGUCUCUUAUUGACAUAGAUCAGCAUGGGGAGUUUUCAAUGCAUGAUGUCAUCCGGGAAAUGGGAAGGGAAAUAGUUCGUCAAGAAGCAGUCACCGAGUCUUGGAUGAGAAGUAGGCAGUGGAGUUCACAACAUAUAUUUCAUCUGCUUCGGCGGACGGAGAAAAACAAACGUGUCAAAGGGAUCGUGCUUCCGAAGAGCAGAAAUGAUUUUGAAGAUAAUGAAAGACGCUUCAGCGCCCAGUGCUUUGAACUAAUGCAGAGUCUGAGGAUCCUUCAUCUUGAGGGUGUAAGCUUUCAAGGCAAUUUCAAGCAUUUCCCUAGAGGUUUAAGAUUGUUGGUAUUGGAAAACUGUGGCUUCACUUCCCAGCCACAUGAUUUUGACAUUGAGAAUGUCGUGGUGCUUAAUAUGUCCGGCUGCAGUUUCAUGGCUGAAUGUUUCACUAAUAAAGUCUUAAAGGGAAAAGUGGUACUCAGUAAUUUGAAGUUUCUCAAUCUUGCUCGGACGCAAAUAUCUAGCAUUCCUGAUUUUACCAAUGUUCGUUGCCUCGAGCAACUGAUACUUUGUGACUGCACAAAGUUAACUGACGUUCACGAAUCUAUUGGGGCACUGAAGAGCUUGUUGAGCUUGGACCUAGGAGGAUGUAAGAUUCUGAGCAAAAUACCAGAUUCUGUUUGCGAAUUAAGUUCUCUCAAGUCUUUUGAUCUCCAUCAAUGUGACAAAGUUUUGUCUUUGCCUGAAAGUCUAGGGAAUAUGACUUCACUGGAGAAGCUUUAUCUUGACAUGACAAACAUUGAAAUCUUACCUGAUUCAAUAGGAAGUCUUACAAGUCUUCGAGUUCUGUCUUUGAAACAUUGCAAGCUGAAAACAUUGCCUGCUUCCCUUCAAAAUUUAUUAUGUUUACAACACCUGAUAGUUGAGCACACUUUGGUGAACGGUUUAGAGAACAACAUUUAUUACACUGAGGAAUCAGUUGAACUGCAUGCCUCAUCCAUCGAAUUGCUUGCUAUACUACCAAACUUCUUUUGUAGAAGAAUAUGCAGACUUAUUUUAACUGAUCGUACAAACAAUAAGCUGCCAGAUUGCGUGGAAAAUAUGAUCAAUCUUACCUCAUUGGAGUUGCACUGCCAAGCGCUCAUUAAAUUUCCUCUCUGCAUUGGCUUACUGAGAAGAAUUAAGGAACUCAGGUUGGACUGUAGAGACCUUGAAAGUUUACCCGAGUCUAUUGGUAGACUCAAGAAACUUGUCACCUUUGAAAUUUUCUCCGACAGUCUGAAAGUUCUUCCCGAUUCACUCGGAGGAUUAGAAAGUCUUGAAGUCUUGCUCAUCGAUUGCUGGAGUUUAAAAUCUCUACCUAGCAGUAUCAGACAUCUGGAAAAUCUUCAAACGCUUCUGUUGUGUAGCCGGUACCUCAGUGACUUGCCUGCUUCAAUCAGUUAUCUGGGAAGACUUCAAAAUUUGUUGUUAAGACGUUGCCGUAGUCUGCACAAGCUAUCAGUUCCCCCCCUACCGCAGCAGGAAAGUCUGCAACAUUCUGCUUUAUCUCAGCCGGUCUCGUCAAAGAGACCAGAACAGAGUGGGCAUGGUUCAAUUCCGCAACUUUGCUCUUCCUUGGUCUGUCUUGAAGCUUCUUACUGCACAGAACUGCGAGAAAUAAACGUUUCAGACUUCCAAUCAUUGUUGCACCUGGAUCUUCGAGGUUCUAAUUCCUUACCAGACAUCCAUGGUCUGGAAAAUAUUUCGAACAAUUUGAAAAGCCUUGUUGUGCCCACUCCAACAUGGGCCCGUAACGUCAACUUCAAAAAAAGAUCUUUCAAGAGUCCACAAUUUCCACGCUUGCUUAUGUUUGCCAUGGAAUGUACUACAAGAUAUACCAGACGUAAUCCAUUUUUGCCCGAGCUCAUUCUUCGUUGUGUCAAGGACUUUGAAGUUAGCCGAACAUUUGCGACGUCGUGGGUUCCACAAGGGGAUCUGACUUUAGAGCUUCCAAAGGUUCCUCACGCCGCCAACCGCUGCUUGAGCAACGCGCAGUUCACCUUCGAUGGACUGACCUCUCCCAUCUUGAUAUCAGUCAUCGCAGACGACGGCAGUCUCGCGUUCGAGACCACAAGACAUCUGGUGGACAGUAGCCUGAACUUAGGCGACGACGAUGAGAUCAUCUUGCGAUUAAGAGAUAUUGCUUCUGCCAGCAUCAAAGUGACACCAGAUAUAGAAUCGAAGAUUACUGAAUUUUCUGCCUCUUUUGAAUGGGAGACGAAGAGGCUCGAUGAUAUGGACUAGCUAGCUGCACCAUUUCAGCUUCAGCACUUGAGUUAAUAAAAUAUGACCAUCUUGCCUUUGUCAUGCGUAGAUAAAAUAAGUUCUUACUUUGAAAUACUUUUGAUUCUCUUUUCUAUGUAUUCUCGAUUCUUCUUUGCUCAAGAUUAACAGCGCUACAGUACUUGAUAAAGAUCCUUUCUACUUUUUCUUGGGCCUGAUU